CAGGAAAAAAUCUUCAUUUGAUUCAUGUGCAGAUGCAUAUACCAUAGUCAAUUUAUCAACUUCAUUAAUUCCAUUUGUACCAAAUACUCAUUAUACCAUUUUCAAAUGUCGCACAUUUGCGACUAGCAUAUAUGUCAUUUGACAUCUUAUUCGAGGUAUGUGCCAGCUCCAUACUCGGUUGGGAAACGAAACUCAUUAAAAAAAAACAAAGAUGGCCGAAGAAAACAGUUUCCGCGAGCUCGUGUUGCGUGAUCUCCAAUUACCUGGCGAAAUUUUAACAGUUUUUGAAGGUGCUGACAUCGACUCCUUACGGUUGUCGCGAAUUUCGAGAGACGAAUUGCAGGCAGUACUGGGCUCCGGACCUCUUGAUAUUUGGAACAUCGACGAAAUUUUCAGAAGAAUUCUCGUUUGGCGCCAAGAAUCUGGAUUCGGCAUUAUUGGCUUCGAAGACGUCGAAAUCGUCGAGGAUUGGCUGAUUUGUGAAAGUCCGGAAGAGUCAGAGGAGAACACAUCCAGGAAAGAGAACGAGCCUGCAAAUGACACAGAUUCAACGGAGACAUCUGAAGUACUCGGAACCCAAAACCGGACAAUAAAGGUUUUGCCGCAGAAUAACGUCGAUUCUGUACCGAGUCCACCAAGUUCGCCCAUCGCUAUUCAGCCAAACAUUUCCGAGGUCAAACCGGGAGAGCCGACCACAACGGUGGCAGGUCAAAUAAAAGCAACGGCGACGCCGGCGACAGAUUUGUUCAAUCUCCCCCCGGGAACAUCAAAAGCUGCAGUAGCGUGUAUGCACUCAAGUGCAUGCACUGGCAAGGAGAACCGAAACUUCACCCCAAACGUUCUAGUGGAGUUGCUCGAACGAACUGUUAUUGGCCGACAGCUACUGGAACGAGCAGCGGUGAGGCCACUAACAAGCGAAAGCCAACGAGAGCUUGUUGAUAUUAUCGCGGAACAUCAUUGCGUAUCGGGUGCCAAAGCUACGGAGGUAGUGUUACGCGAAUAUACAGAGGCCAUCACCACUGUUUUCAAGCAUGAAACUCAGGACACAUAUCUAGUGAUUAAGGGUGGCACGAAGCGAAAUCCCGGCGGAAAGAUCUUCAACCGCAUAACGAAUCGGAAGCAGAAGGCUGCAAAGCGUAAACGAAUUGAGGAAAAGCAUGAAGCCGAAAUAGAAAAUCGAGCUGGAGAACAAGUUGCCGAACAUAAGAUAGUCAAGGAAGCUGAAACCUGGCUGGAGUAUAAUUGCCAACCGUGGUCAACAACCCUGGACAAAUGGAAGGUGGCGUUUCCGGGCAGGAAACCAUUGUUGAUGAAACCAAAUGCUGUUGAAGAGGUGUUGAAACGAUAUCGGCAUUAUUCUGAAGAAUUUGGAUUUCAAUUGGUCGAAUCGGAUUUUGAAAAGUUAGCGGUAGGUGAUAUCAACGGUUCAAGGACGUGGAAAUUGUGCCUUGAAAAACUUAUUCGAUACGUCAAGCGCCCAUACAAGGAUCAACUUUCCAAAGACAUCGUAGAUCAGCUGGCCUCAGGAAAGUUGAAUGAUGAUUCGAAAGUUUGUGCAGUUCUGAUUUUACUCAAUAACUUCCUUCUGCCAACGAAGGUCACCAAAACAUUCAAGCCGACAAUACUAUCUGCACAAGAGGAUGUGAUCUUCUUCGCAGCGACGGAUGCCGAGGCUAUGCAGAAAAUACACGAAUUUAACGAAACCUCUUGUAAGCUUGGUCUCAAACCAUCACCGAAACUAAUCUUCAAAGGCGAAAAUUUCAAAUCACUUACUGGAGAAUUCGAAGUACACUAUCAGCAAAUAGUGUAUCGCUUCAAUUCAGCGGUGAGAGCAGUUGAUGUACUAAUCAAAUUUAGUACUGUGUUUGGACUCGAGUACUCAAAAAUUUCUCGCCUGGUUUGGAAUUUCGUCAGCUCUUACAUGUACAAAAUACCCGUGCCGGAGGAAUAUCAAUCGAUUAUCAAACUGAAGCGGUAUUUGACUGUCGACUAAUCA